UCAUCACUUCCAACAACUUUUUCUUUUCCAAGGCCAGUUUUGUGUGACCUUAUUUUCUUUUUACGUGGCUCAAUGUUUUAAUGAUUCGUAGAUUAUAAGUAACAUUCGCACCGUCUACGAGAUUAUUACUGCAUAUAGCCAUAAAAGUAAACAUUGAAUACCCCAGGUUGGUAAAUUUUAGAGAAAAAUAUUAACAUGGAAUUAAUACCUUGACCGUCCACCUUUGACGCACACGAUCACACGUCACACCGACUCAUAUCGCCCUCCUUUCAAAAAGCUGCGAGAUUCCCAUUCGGACCCCACACACACUGCGACGGUGACAGCGUGAUCAUCGAUGGCGUUAGAGUUCCGGUCCCACAAGGACGACGCCUGGUACGACGCCCGCCUAUUCACGGAGGACACCGGCGCCGGUCUCCGCCUCAGAAUCACCUUCGCCAACUUCUCCGACGCCCACGACGAGUUCGUCGGCGCCAACGACCUCGCCGCCCUCCCAGACCUAGACGCAUUGCGCUCCCGCGUCCGCCGCCUCUCCCUCCAGCUCCAGGACUCCGAGUGCUCCUCCGUCGACAGAGGCCUCCUCGUCUGCGCCGCCCGCUCCGUCCACCCCGACGACCGCCGCUUCUUCGACGCCUUCGUCGACGGGGUUGUGCAUGAGGAGCAUAGGGUUGGGGAGGGAGGGCAGGAGGAGUGCACAUGCAGCUUUAUUCUGGAGUGGAUUCACGGCCCGCAAGUUGGGACUCUCAGUGUGGUGGCGCUUGAGAAUAUUUGCAGAGUCCGGCUGCCGGCGGUGGACGAAGAGAUUGACCCGGCGUUGACCUCUUUUGUUAACGCGGUCAAGGAGAAGAUGAUUGAGAACACUUUUUCGAAUUCGAUUGAGAAUUCUGGUGGUGGUGAUUGUGACAAUGAGUCUAGUAGUAGGCUCAGGAAGAGGCACAAGGGAAGCUCUUCUCAGCUGAACAAGGAUACAAGCCAUGUCAGGAGAUCCUUAACUCCAAGCUCAUCUUCCAAAGAGAUAAUGGACAAUAUUUCUGCAAGGGAUGGACAUGACAUGGAUGUUGGAGGGCUUCCCCAUAUGAUCCUUGUUGAGAAUCUUGAGAAGGGGAUCUCAUCAUUUACAAUUAUGGAAUUCAUAUACCAGCAACUUUCAAUAUCAUGUAAAGCAUUUGUUUCUCUAAGUAAGCAAUCAGAGGUUUAUACAAGAGGAACCAUCAUGUUGAACAGCAAAAAGAACCUCGACAAGUUGUCUGAAUUUUUGGGAAGUCCAGAUCGCAUAAUCAUCUCGUCAACAGGAAGGCCUUGGGUUCUGACUGAGAAAAUUCCCAUGGAUGGCACAAUAAGGGCAUCGAUUGAACCCUUUAAGCGUACAUCUCAGGCAACAUUAGAGUGUAAAACUCCAAGUAGCAAUGAGGUGAAGGUUAUAAUGUCUGGGAGUCCAGAAUACACUAAAGCUAAGCAGCUGAAGGAUUUGUUCGAGGAGUUUACUAAUCAUCAGUGUGGACUUCAUCAGAGGUUACUUCAGGAAGAGGGAAAAAUCAUGCGGCUAGCUAUGUAAUGGAUUGUGGAGGUGGAUGGCUAAAGUUUGAGUUACUUGUACAUAUGUCUGAGUCAAGACUCAAGAUAGAUUGUGUUGGUUGUCAAACAAUUGGUGUCUGAAUUUUGAUGUAUCUUGAUAGCUGAUUAUAUAAUGUGCUGGUGUUGUAUCAGUUCUUGCAUAUAUGCUUGAGAAUCAGAGUGAAGAUGUGUCAUGUUAAUAGUUUCACGUUGGUAUUAGUAUC